UCUUGGCGUGUGGACGCUUCGAUACGUUUUCGUUUCGUUCGAAUUUGCUUAUUUUUCGUGGUUAACAUCGUUUAGCGAAACAUUCCAUUUGAACGCAUUGUGCUUAAAGCAAUUUAACACAUCCACGUUAUCGUCGGCACCGUCGCUGACACAGUGCUAGUGUGACUACAGACGUAAUUGCCGUUUGUGUCUGGCCUCAAUGCCGGGUAUGGUGCAGUUGUGCGGGUGGUAGUAUUUAAUUGUAGCCUACAAGUUUGUUUAAAACACACGAGUCAGCGCGCUUUCAAUUUCGUUGUGUUCAACUUGCGACGGUUGUUCGCCUACAAUGCAUACGCACUUGUAGAGUACUCGGAUUGUGACAUUGCUAUUUCCGCACAAACUUAAGACGGCAAAGGCAAAGUGACGUUGUCUUUGAUAGCCACUUGCCUUGUUUGCUAAUGGACUAAGUGGAUUCUUAACAGUGUGGUGAUCAUGUGUACCGUGGACGCAUCUGCAACAUUUCGUUUCUUUGUUUAGUUACGGAUACGCGGGGCUUUUCGGCAAACAUGACAAUAUGACAGCAAAACGCGACAAGGAUUAUGCUAAAAGUAAAACAACAACUGGAACAGGAUUUUCUGCGUCAGCAUCUACAGGUGCAGUAAAAUCAAUAGGUCUAGUCACAUCAUCACAAAAUGUAACAUCAUCUCAGGACAUUACGAAACGAACAAACAAGCCACUUAUGGAAAAGCGACGACGUGCACGUAUCAAUCAAAGUUUGGCCAUACUAAAGGCACUGAUUUUGGAAUCGACAAAGAAUCAGUCAAAAACCACAGAUGGACAAACCAAACACACGAAAUUGGAAAAAGCUGAUAUACUCGAAUUAACAGUGAGACACUUUCAACGGCACCGAAAUCUCGAUGACACAACCAUUAAUAAAUACAGAGCCGGAUAUACGGACUGCGCUAGAGAGGUUGCACGUUACUUGGCUACGCCCGAACCUCCACCUUUGGGAAAUAUUCCUUCGCUGUCGGAACCGGGGUCAAAAGCACGGCUUUUACGACAUUUGGACCAAUGUAUUGCUGAAAUUGACAUUGAGAUAUGCCCACAUUCCACAGCGACAUAUGCCGACAGUCCAUCCAGCAGUUGUUACGAUAUCAACACUGCGCCAAAGAAACCUCAACCGGACGAUAACUCGUUGGACUAUAGCAGCCAAGACUCAAACCCAUUAGAUUUCAGUAAAGCCGCCUCGAAUGUUUUAACAUCCAAAGCAAAUUUUGUUAGUCCUACUGGGACGCCCGUAGCACAUUCCACAAAUUCACCCUGUUCGGAGCGCCUAGGUUCACAAGAUGAGAACAAUAAUCCCGAUGGUCCUCAGGGUAGUGCAGGAUCAAGUAGAAGUGAUGCAAGUAUGCGGCCAAUGAUUUCUGCUGGCGAUAUACCGAAUGUAAUCGAUAUCAAUGCUGUGCAGAACUUUGAAGAACGCAGUAAACUGUGUUCAAAUGUUUUGGACACAUACAAACAUCUUAAAGUAAAUGACCCAACAGGGAUCCUUGUACUUCCUCCACACUAUGUUCAAUUAGCAGCAGCCUUGGGUCUAAAUACCCAUCCUGUCAUGGAUGCAAUUACCACUCGCACAGACUUCGAACGGCUGAUCGAAAUGAAUCACGUGCCUCCAUUGUCAGCUCAAAUUGCCGGCAAACUUAGCACAUAUGGAUCUCUACCCGGUGCUUUAGAGGCCGCACAUGCCGCUGCUGCCUAUGCAGCUACUACUAUGGCUGCAAAAGAAAAUGGUAUGCCGGCUGCUAGUACAGCAUCGCCAGUGAUUAGUAACAUCAAUAUGGAACGUCCUGCUUCUGUGCUCUCUAAUGCAACUUCUGUUGCUUCAACCUCUGUGAGCUCUAUGACAUCAACCGAUUCGCAGAAGAAUGCCACACAACAGCAACAUCAGCUAGCCCGCUUAGAUGCUAGUGCAAUAUCGACAGUAGAAGCAGCACAAUUGAACAUGGUUAGCAAUCCUCUUUCGGCAAAUAUUGCAGCUGCAGCAGCAGCAGCCGCCCAACACCAGUUGCAUCUACUGCGGCCCAAUGAAGCUCUAGCAAGGCAAGAGCAACAGCCGCAGGAUGAAAAUAUGUGGAGGCCAUGGUGAGCAGUGCAAAUAUGAAGAUUACUUCAAAUGCAGAAUUCAAAGCUUCAAGCGCGUGACAUUGUAAAUACCAAAGAUUUCUUAUAUAUAAGCAUCUUCAUAUAUUUGAAGUUAGGGACAUGUGUAAAUUAUAAACAAAUACGUUUUUGUUAAUUAUUUAAAGACGUUUCGAACAGUCUUAUAUAUUAUUAAUUGCAUAUAUUGCUACAUUCUUAUCACAAAAGUUAAUCAGCGCUGUGCAUUACAUGAAAAUGGUAAGGCAGCAUCUUUCCCAGGAAUUCGUUUGGAUAAUAUUAUAUUCUUUUUAUUGCUAUAUUUUUUAAAGUAUAACAUACUUAUUAAACAACUCGAAAGGUUAGAGAUUAGUAUGCACAAAACACAAUCAGUUCGAGUGAAAUUACAUCACUAAUUAUUUUCUUCAUGCGAAAUUUUAAUAUGCCUCUUGUCCCUUUGAUUGUUUCGUUGGCUGUGUGGCAUGUAGCGUCGCCUUGUUGGGACCAAUGGUCGUCCACAUCAAUAUCCUCCAAUUCAAGCACGAAAAAUCACAAUAAUGGCGUUCAUUCCGGUCUUCUCCGAUACUCUGCUUUACAGCAGCGAUAUUUUUCGGUCCUCAUUUGGCGAAGUCUCUGAGGCUGCACGUUAUCCAGUCUGUUCAUAAUUAAACAGCAGACCAAACUGUGUACAAAUCAAGUACCACCUGUCAAAAAGACCAACUCCGAAAAAGAUAUUGCCUCAUCGAAAACCACACAUCUAAAAAGAAAACAGCCGUUACCUAAUAUAAAAACUUCAAACUUCCGGUUGCCUUUAUACCAAAUGUAUCGAUCUAUUAGUAAGAUGACUUAGCAAAAUUAUGAGUAAAAUCAUGUAAAAUGGUCCAAGAUAUGUACUACAUACUUAUAUUGAUUUCUGUUAUUCCUGCAGACUUAAUGCCGACUAUGUCUGUCAGUAUGUUGUGAGUUAUCUUCAUAAAAUUGCAAGAAAACAUAUUCCACAGUAUACUUGAGUCAUGUUCAAAGUUAAUGCAGUCAGUCCAGACCCCAAUACAAUACAAAUAUAGUGAUUUCUUUCUAGCUGACUUAAAACCAUUUAUGUUGGUCAAUAUACUCGUAUGUGACAUUUCAAUGAAAUGUAUAUGUUUUCUUAAACAGAAUGUGGCUUAGCCCUUCAUAUGAAUGAAAUCGGCAUAGACCAUGAUUAAAUACCCUUAUUCCCAAUAUAUUGAUAUCCAUUUCUCUAAUUGACUCCUUCCUCAUUUUUGCCGAAAAUAUUCAAUUUAACAAGCAAUAACAGAAGGUAUUUCUUCGCUUUUGAUCCCUGAAAAUUGCGAGAGUAUAAACAGUUGGGUUAACACGAACUUAGCACUUCAUCAUUUGUUGAAUAUUGCAUUUUUGUAUAACCUGAUCUUCUUAAAAUUAUGCCAAUUAUGCGAUCAAAUGAAAAAAAUGUGUAGUUCCACUUUUCUUGCAUUUUUUUUUGCAUUGUAAUCUCUUAAUCACCGCAAAUGUGAACAGAAAUUCGUACUUAAUCUAAAAGCUUUAUUUAAUCGGAUGUCAUCAUUUCGUUCGAAUCAAGUUAACUGAUUCAUUUCCUUUGCUUUCAUUAGCUAUCAACUACACUCGUGGCCACGCAAACCUUACCACUUUACUUUCUUAAAUUUUUUUCGGACUUUUUCGUUCGUUCGGGAUUUU